UGCAUCGUGCAGUCGUACCUCCAGUGGCUGCAGGACAGUGAUUACAAUCCCACCUGCACACUGUGCAGCACAGCGCUAGCUGACAAGGAGACACCAGACUCAUGUGCUACGAUGUGUUUCACUGGUCCUGUCUCAAUGAACUGGCCUCCCAGUUGCCCAGGAACACGGCCCCCGCUGGGUACCAGUGCCCCGCCUGCCAGGGGCCCGUCUUCCCCCACCCCCAACCUCGUGGGCCCCGUCGCGGCCGCGCUGCGCGAGAAACUCGCCUCCGUCAACUGGGCCCGGGCCGGGCUGGGGCUGCCGCUGAUCGAGGAGCCGGAACCCGCGCCAGAACAGGAGUCACAUGACGUCACAGACUACACUGAUUGGUCAACUUUCAACACCUCAACCUCUCACCCCACAGAAGCCCCUUCCCAGUCCUCCCACUCCUCCCAUUCCUACAGCUCGAACCCAGUGCCCUGCCAGUCCCAGGCGGGCUUCGGGGCGGGGCUGAAUAACGGGGGUGUGAAGGAGGGGCACGUGCACCCCAGCAUGAGCUGCAACACUGCGAUGGGAGACUCUGUCACUCUACACACAGCCUCCUCUCCGCGGAAGGUGUACGACACGCGUGACGCGGGGGGGUCGUCGGUGACGCAGAUCGAUUUCGACGAUGACAAGUACAGGAGGAGACCGGCGCUGAGCUGGCUGGCACAGAUACUGAAGAGCCGCUCCGGGUCGAAGCGGACCCCCCUCUCUCUGAAGCAGAGGGUCUUCAUCCUCCUGGUUCUCGGGGUGAUCGGCUUCUGCACCCUCAUCAUCAUCAUGUCCAAACUGGGGCGCGCCUCGGCCGAGAACGACCCCAAUCUGAACCCGCUGCUGAACCCCAACAUCCGCGUGGGGCAGAAUUAACGAACAGCCCCCCCCCUUGGAACCCCUAAAACAUCUCCCUCGCUCUGAACCCCGAGUUGAGGCAAGAGUAACUGCAGCCCUGAAUCUGAACCCCAAGAUCUGAAGAGGGGAAAGUGUAAUUUACAGCAGACUUCAAUCUGUAGAGUUUGCUUUUUGAAUUCUCUCUCACACACAGACGAACCAAUCAAAAAACAGCCAGAUGCUACGGACUCGAUAAAUAAUUUAAAAAUAACAUUCUUUAUUCAAAAUGAUGAUGAUUAUUAUUAUUAUUAUUAUUAUUAACACAGUGCUGACAAUGUUUUUCUUUUCUAUUGAAUUUCUUUCUGUUUGUUUUUGUAUUAAUAUUAUCAUUAUAAUUAUCUCUUUUUUUUUCUGAUCUGUAUAUAAACCUGUAAAUAGAUAUAUUUUUGUUUGUUUUCUCUUGUAGUUUAAAAAAUAAUUUGCUGGUAGCUAGUUUGCAGUAAAUGGUGUGUUUGUGAGGGAGGGAGGGAGGGAGGGACGGACGG